AAGGCUGGAGCUGAAGCCUCCCUGUACCUGCGCGUCAGGCAUGCAAAGUGCUGUCGGGCGACACGGCGGGCGCACAACAUCAUGUUUACUGCCUUGGCGAGUGGCGCAGUGGUGUUUCCUGGCCUUUUCUACGGGCUCGGGAAAAUACUCAAGUUUACAUUUCCACACUGGGACGACGCAGACGUAGUGACCGUCAGUGAAAGGAUUGUUUCUGCCAUUCACGGUACAAUUUGUACCGCAACUGGAAUAAUUGUGGUUUCAUCUUGCAAGAAUGUCAUGACUGACAGUCACUGGCUGGUCAGUGAGUUUAUAUUGUUUGGAUCUUCCUAUAUGACCACUGACCUGUUUGCCAUGUACUUGAGCCACUACCAUAUUCAGAGGCUCAGAAGUCAGAGCGGCCUGUACAACAGCCACUCUCGGAAAACAAUUAAGGCUUUCCUCUCCAAGGACUGGUUGCUUGUCCUUCAUCACUUGGCACUGGUUCUGUUUUUCCUGCCCAUCGCUUUGUUUUUCAGAAGAGGACUGGGCGAUUUCUUCUUCGGCUGCUUUUUCAUCACAGAACUCAGCACACCUUUUCUCUCUGUUGGAAAGAUCCUCAUCCAGCUGGGCCUUAACAACACCAGGCUGCACAGCAUCAAUGGCAUAUUAGUCCUCUUGACGUUCUUCACAUGUCGGAUCUUGAUUUUCCCCUUCAUGUACUGGAUGUACGGGCGGCAAGUUGGCAUUCCACUGCACCACGUACCUUUCCAUCUGCCUUGGCACUGCAAUGCGGGCAACCUGACUAUCUUCACGCCCCAAGUCUACUGGUUUUACCUCCUGCUGAAGAAAGCCAAGCGACUGUACAAUAGACAUGGGAAAGAAAAUUAACUCAAAACAGAUCGCCUGUUUUAACGUAGAGUUGUUUGAGACGCACAAGGUACUGUCAUGUCAGUGCAGCUAUUCUAAAAAGAAAAUAGUUUACAACUCAGACAUGAACUAAAUUACAUCACUGUAAAUCUUCCUAGGCACUGUUAGUUUGCCUUGUUUAUAUGUGCCCUGUUACAGCCAGCAUAGUGCACUUUUCUAAAAAAGGAAUGUAAGAAUUUUAUAAUGAGUUGAAUAAAAAUGCAUGUGCAGUAUA